AUUGUAUCUCGCACACUAUUAUUGUAAUUUUUUACUAUAUUGAUUUUUUUCAUCUGAAGGACCCUUUUUCUCCCUUCCUUUGUGCAUUCUCCCCCUCCCCUUUAUUAUUAUUUUUUCUUUCGCGUAUUUUUCUUUAAAUUCUAAAACACAUUUUUUAGGCGCAUUACCCAAAGGCCCCUUUCUAAUAUCGAUAUACAGUUAGAAACACGUGUCGUUUUCAACACCAGAUGGUAUCGCUAGCCUCACGACUGAGGUGGAGCAAUAUCCGCCCCCCUUCGCUCAACCUAGGGCCGGCGGCGGCACCAGCCAAUGUGACAAAUCGCAUGUCUUGUCCUCAACCGCCUGUACCUGGCGGCAGUAGCGCGCAGCUUACCCAUACAGACAGUAGCCCCCGGAGAGAGGGGCCAUUCAUGGCGCUUGACAGAAACUCUGGUCCAGUCGAUACGACCGGAGAAAACGAAGAGACGUUGUGGCACGGGUCUCCCGUGUUUGAUGCUGGGUUCUGGUAUGCUAAGGGCGGCAUGGAUUUGGUGCGAACUAAGCAUACUGCCCUGCAUAGCACGGUGGAGGCAUUGUUUAUAGCGGGUAAUUCCAGCGAACCCGACUUGCACUGCUGCUGCCUGGAAUUGGAGUGGCCACGCGUGCGUGUUAUCGAAAUUGAGUGCAAUGUUUGCAGCGUGGAGUCAGAUCCGCAGGUCACCCGGUGGCUCGGCAUUGUUCAAAAACGUACAUUAUUCCCGCUUGCGAACAUGUACCGGCUGAGGACCCGCUGGGCCGGGUGCACCGAGGUGUUUGAGCAUCGGCUUGAGGAGGACUUUGGCAACGGCUUUGAGAAGAGACUCGCGCUACUGGGUCAUCUGCCGCCACACAUUCGCAACUCCGAGGCCGAAAUGCGCUUUCUCAAAUACCGCCUUUUGUUUCUUGCUGACGUUUCGUUCGAAAUGACGACAAUGGAAAGAUCUAACCCUGGAACGCUGACAAUGUAUACGUACAUUGUAUACUUGCUCAAAACAGACAUAUUCAGGCCUGAGUUUGUCGAAUUCGCCGAUGCCCAGCCGAAGAACAUGCACCGCAUACUGGACACCAUCAAAGAAAACGCGCACCAGCUCACCUACGACAAGAUGCGAGCUGGCACUAGUGGCGCCGCCCUACAAACGUCGCUAAAGCGCCUGCGGUUUGACAUGCACAGCAUGGUCGAUGGGCGACACACCAUUCCCUUCUGUGCCAUACACUUCCCGGGACUCGAGUCUCUGACAGUCAGCCACACGCCUGACUUUAGAAAUGGACGGGAUACCCCGAUGAACUUGGGGGUUUUGUUUAGCCACACCUGGCUUAACCUGGUCGAGUUGCAAUUGCCCUUUGUGUCCAACCAGUACGCCGCCAUUCUGCACAAGAAGUGCCCGAGCUUGCAAUAUCUGCACAUAUGUCCGCAGCCCCGCUAUGAGCGAUGGACCGAGUAUUCGCAAGAUUUUUCGCCGAGCGGACUUCACCAGCUAGCAACCCAAUGGUCCAACCUGCGCCAGCUGGUGGUCAAGUUUGCUUUCCGCCAGGCUUUGCCAGCGCAGCUAGACUUGGCGGACCAUGGCAUGCAGUCACCCACACCACCCUCCCCGCGCAUGUCGUUUUCGGCCCCCCGAACCAGUUUGUUUGCCAACAGAUCCAGCGUUAGCAACAAUAUGCCGGCAUCGCUUGAUGCCCCUACCGCCCCAGGUGCAAAGGGCCAGCUUCCGGGACCACUUCUGUGCAAAACAUUUUCCAUAAAUCCUCCCAACACCAGCCUGCAAGUGCUUCGCGUGCCGUAUCUCCAGAUUCCCUUUGCUGCCGCGCUUGCUAUGCUGGCCAAUGUCCCGCAGCUGCGCAUAUUUGAAUAUGCGUCGUUUUUGGUGGAUCCCGAGCACCAACUGACUAGCCAAAAGUCGACUCUGCGGCGGCGAAUCGGUGCAACUGUGGACCCGCAGCUAAGCGCGUUAUCUGCAGAUCCGGAUAUCAGGCAACGGCUCAAAGAGAUGAAGCAUCCGUUGCAGAGCAUGGUCGUUCAUGAAGCCUGCAAUUCGCGGUACAUUUCGACUAGCUGGAUUAAGGGCAUAAACUCGUUUUCUAGUUUAGAAUCCGUCACGCUUGUGGCCACUAGCCAGGGUGACAUUAGCAUGGCUGUCCGCGUGAGGCAGUUUUGUGCCACGAACAAUGCCAUCUUUGCUGUCGAGAUUGAUGAUCAGUCACACGCACACCAAACAUGCGUCGACUUUGCGAGCAGUUGGGAAAAAACGGGCAAGCUAAUGUGGAAUGCCAUGCUGUAAAUUAUUAUUAUUAUUAAAUUAAAUUAAUUGCAUUACCAUUCAAAUAUCC